AUGACUAUUACAAAUCCGCGUUUCCUCUUCCCCGACCUCCCACCUGAGCUUCGCAAUGAAGUCUACAACUACCUCUCUACCCCCGACACAGACUCCACAGCCACCAAUACCCAUCUUCCUCUCCAGCUCAAGAAUUACGAGUGCAAGCACACAGACAUCCAGAUCUGUCCCGUGCAUUUUGGUUCUACCGGCCUUCUCGCGUUGCAGAAAUACCAGUUCCAGGAAGCUCGCGAGUACCAAUCAUGGCUCAUAAACAACGUAUUGGAGCUCAAAAUCGGCAUCACCUUCAAAGGAAGAGUACAAACCUUCGUACAGGCGGACUGGGACAAGAAAUUGGUGAUACAUCUACGGAAACUAGCAAAACAGCAUCCGUGGUUGACCAAGGUGGCCAAAUAUGACAUACAUAUUCUCUGGGGCGCAACAGAUGGGUCCUUAAAGAGCCGGAAGAACAAGAGGACCACGGGUCAGAUACCGUCUGAGAUGGUCAAGACCCUAAUGGGGCUUAUGGACGAAGAUAUCAAGAGGAAGCGAGGGGAGGUCAACGUGUGCUUGUCUCUAGGGCAUUCACUUGCGGUGGGAAACAUGCUGUCAAGCACAAAGUUUGGCCUACCAGAUUUCUUCUCGACCCUCCCAAACUUGGAUGGUGUCAAGAGACUGGUGAAGGAGGUAUGGAAGGGGUCUUGCCUAAAGACGACAGAGAAAGCACCCAGCUUCCCGCUUAUUCUGGCUGCGCCAGAAGUUCAGGAAGAUUUGGGUUUGUUGACGGUUGAUAAGGGAUUGGUGAACUGGGUGGCACAAGGGAAAGGGCACUUGGUGAUGAGGAAGACUGUGGUGGAAGGGAGCGAGCUCGAGGUUAAUAUUGGAGAUGUGCGGCAAGCGGAGGGCCGGGGUGUUGACCAUGUACUGAAGGAGCUUUUGGAGGAAUGCUUGGGACGAAGGUGA